AUGUGCUGCGUCGGCGUGACGGUCGCCGCAGGCUCCGUCCACGAGACGCCCUCGUCGGCCGGCGCCGCCUACGUGCUGGAGAGGCUGGCCUUCCACGAGACCCGGAACCGCGGCCUGGGGGAGAUCGCGCGCAGCGUGGAGGCCACCGGGGGCACGCUCGGGGCGGCGGCCGGGAGGGAGAGGAUGUUCUACCGCUACGGCGCGCUCAGAGCCGGCCUGCCCCUGGCCGUCGAGGUGCUCCUCGACUGCGUUCGCAACCCUGCCUUCCUCCGGAACCAAGUUCGCUGUAAGGUGGCUGAAGCUCGGGAGGAGUUGUCAUUUCUGGAGAGUAAUCCUGAACUGUUUCUUCGGGAAUCGCUGCACCGGGUUGGUUAUUCAGGCGCUCUUGGAAACCCGCUGUUCCCUACCAAGGAGGCUCUUGCGAGGAUCAACCGUGGUGCCAUUUACAAUUUCUACUUUGUAAAUCUUUAUGACAACACCCUUGUUGCAUCAGGCAUGAACCACCAGCAUUUGGUAGACAUUGCAGCACCCUUGUUGUCUGAUCUGCCCAAGGGGUCUCCUCUGCACACAACAAAGUCAGCAUAUACUGGUGGAGAUUUCAGGCACAAAACUGACUCUGAGGUGACACAUGUGGCGAUGGCUUUUGAAGUUCCAGGAGGCUGGCAUCAGGCAAAAUCAGCUGUAAUCAUCAAAGUCAUGCAGACAUUGAUGGGUGGCGGAGUUUCAUACUCCAGUGGUGGUCCGGGGAAAGGAAUGCAAUCCCGGCUUUAUCUCCUGGUUAUGAUGGAGUAUGAUUGGAUGCAAGCAAUUUCAGCAUUUAGUACUGUGUAUGAUGACACUGGUCUAUUUGGUAUUCAUUUGGCUACGCCAUCCGAUCUUGUCGCUGAGGCUGUUGAUAUUGCUAUAAAAGAAUUGACAGCAAUUGCAAGACCUGGUGAAGUUAGUGAAGCUGAGCUCAAACGAGCGAAAAAAUCGACAGUUUCAUCCGUUCUACGGAACCUCGAAUCCAGGGUAAAGCAGAGAGCACCUCAAUCAUUCUUUAUCUGUUAUCUUUUCGAGCAAUCUUGCUCCCUAUUCAGUCUUAUUUCUUAA